AUGUCAGUUAAUUCGUCGGAUCAGCGACAAACAGAUCUCCGCGGGUCCACAGAAGAACAACCCGUCGUACCGGCAGAACUUGAAUCGGUCAACAAACGCCUUGGUCGCUUGAAAGACGAGGUCCUCCCUUCUUCGCCAUAUCUCCUCACUGUUCCAACCGACGUUCCUUUCCGCCUCGGAAAUAGGUUUGUCAACAAUUGGGCAGUGGGGAAGAAAGGCCCAUUUGCGAUUGAGGAACAACAACUUCAGUACAUGACAUUUUUGAUGCACCACGACGCGGAUUCUUUGCUUGUUGCCGCUGGAGACUGGUCAGACAACGACGGAAGGAUCAUGGGAAAGAAAGAUGACGAGAAGCCUCAGGCUACGCCUAGUGCUUCUGCAACACCUCAAACUGGGACAACUAAGAGAAAAAUUACGCUGAGCGACUACAAGACCAGGGCUACUAAAGGAGAGCCGUCAAAAGAGCACCCGGGGCCUAGCCAAGAGCCACCCCCAGAUGAUACAAGGAAAGAGAAAAAUGAAAGCUUGCAGGUUCCUUUGUCUCGUACCAUAAAAGAACGUCCCUCACAUGACCGAAUGCUUGACAACAAUAACAACAACUCACUCUCAACCUCCCCGCGUUCUAGACGACCGUUAAAAGAGCCAUCGAAGCAUGCCAGUGACGCUCCUGCAGUGAAACGCGCACGAUUGACCCCGUCUGGGUCGACGGAAGUAUCAAUGCCUUCAAAAAGUAGCAGCAAUGGCAUUCCCGCUCUUCUAUCACCAACACUUCCGCCUACCUCCUCAAGUCCACGGCUACCUGAGCUACUGUCUCCUACUUUGCCGCCUGAAUUAGAGAAGGAACUGGCUCAGAUAGCGAGUGAGACGUCUCUUUCUUCAAAUAAGGAUUUCAAACGAGAUGCUACCACCGUCUACAAGGCUUCGAGGAACGAGGGAUUGAAUACAAAGUCCUUAAUUCACGAAAAAGUACGUUCAGACUCGAAGCCAGCUACAAGCAAGGUGAUUAUGAAGGAGGAUAGUAGGAGUUCCUCGCUCGCUGCUAGUGGGAAAAAUAAUGUAAAGAGUCGAGAACAGGAGUGGAGAUCUACGUCUCCGUACGAAGAAAGAUCAUCUAUGAAGCAAAUUGGAACCACGAGCACAACAGCAGGAUCUGCAACAGCGAAGAAGCUUAUAGUUAAACUAAAGUAUGGAAGAGGCAAUAGGAAAAGAGUGGGUGCUCUCCUUAAGUUUGGCGGCAAGAGCAAGCUCUCCGAGAGCAGUGCACCUCCUAGAGCUUUAAAGGAAUCAUUUUCAGGUGAUGAAGAUAUAGACUCUUCACGAUCUGAUAUAAAGUUUCGAGGGAGGAAACGAGAACGCUCGCCCGAUGACGAUAGGGAGGAAGAGCAUCAUCGAAGGAGAGCACUUGGUGCCAAGACCAUACCUUCAGAUGCAGCCAAAAUAUCCAACACGAAUUCUUUCAAAUCGCCAUCAAACAAACGGCUUCCUGUUUCAAGGCCAGAUAUUCCAACGCCAGCGAAAGAUAGCUAUGCUAAAUCGCAGCGCCAUGCCGACAGCACAGAUGCGGAAGUGAAAACACCUUUGGGUACAUCAGGCAAGGGUUUAGCAACAACUGCAGACAAGACCAUUAAAACUUCGCCUUCAAAUAGUGACGGACAACCGGGCUCACGAGAAAAAGAAAGGCGAGCCUGGCGCGAAGAAUUCCAGAAACAUACAGGGCUAGGUCGAGAACUCAAGCACAUCGCGGACCGUUAUUCAAGAGCCAAAGCUACGAGUGAGCACGUUUCCACAACAGAUGGAAAACUCGCCGCAGUAUCUGCGAUCGAAUCAAUACUUUGCUUCAUUGUUGCAUUCAUCGCAAAUGACCGUUUCAAAACACUAGCACGGCAAGUUGGCGAUUCUGAAACCUGGCGCUCUAUCAUCGCUUAUUGGCGCGUGGUGGAAAGGACCACGGCUGCUUAUCCCCAUCUUCACGGUCUCUGUCUUAUUCUCGGCGCUGUAUCUCAUGACGCAAUCAACUCUUUGGACCUGGAGCGACUCGCGGUUUGCUCUGUUCCCGGUGAACAAAGCCCUGUGCCUACGCCCGGAAGCGACGGCAACACUGUCAAUGCAGACAAAAACAAGAGCCAGAAAAGAGAGUUUUUCGACCUCAAAAGCCGACUGCCGGAGAAUCACAAGGAAGCCAAUCGCCUUUGGCUAGAAGGCUGUCGAGGGCUUCCCGAUGAUGUUCUGUCAAAAGAAUAUCCUGAAACAUGGGCAAAACGUUCGCGGAACUUUGCCGAACGUGGCCACGACAGUUUCAAGGUUGGUCAAUAUGCAGGCGCUUUCUUCCUCCCCUUUGGACGGACGACAACACCUAUGGAAGCCGUUCGAUUUGGAGUGACACUAUUACGCGAGUGGUGCAAGAAAGAGAACAUUGAUUUUAAAGCUCGUCUGAAGCUGUAA